UAUUUUCUGUUUAAACAAAUGUAUCUGUUUUUUCGAUUGCUCAGUAUUAAUUAUCUAUUAUAAACAUGGCAGACAGGCUCACACAGUUACAAGACACAAUCAAUACGCAAGCAGAACACUUCUGCAAUAGCAUAGGCAUAUUGCAACAAUUCUCGACACCUAGCAAGUUUCUUGGUUUCGAUCGUAGUGGCUCUCAAACGCCACAACAGCAGCAAAAUCAAGAAGAUUAUGCAGUUUUGUUCGCGACUCUUAUUUCACGAUGUGCUAAAGACAUUGACACAUUGAUUGAGUCUCUACCGAGUGAGGAGAGCUCUACAGAGCUUCAAGUUCAGAGCUUGAGGCGUUUGGAGGCUGAAAAUAAAGAGGCUGCAGAGAAAUUGGAAGAGGUAGUCCGUCAAGGAGAAAUACUUCUAGAAAAGAUCCAAGGGGCACUUAGUGAUAUUGCCCAAAGUCAAUUGGAUAUGCAGAACCCAGCUCUGAUUUUGAAUAAAGAUAUCAAGCCACAGUUAUAGGGAUUGUGGAAACACCGUGUUUAUUACAGUAGAUGAUAAUUAAUAUUAUAUUCUUAUAAAAAAACAGCUCCUUGACCCCAUAUUCAAGGUCACUUGUGUCAAACCAAAACACUGCAAGUCCCACUAUAGUGUUAUGUAAUUUCAUAACAAGAAUGUUUUUACAAAAGAAAUUCUUUUUGCAGCUUUUCUUCAAAAUGCUGACUUUGAUAUUAGAUACAGUGUAUUGGUUUUAAUUGUUUUUAAUUUAAAUUAACACACUCAUAGCCCCGCUCUAGGGAAACGCUGUAUCGCGGGUGCCAUGGACACAUACAUAGAAAACCACAAAUUACACCCAAACUCACGAGAGAAAUCAUAGUAGGCCACAUAAAUAUUUCUCCCGGAAAUUGUACUCCGGAUCUCUGCGUCGCAGACCAAUAUUGUAACCGUCUGGUCACGGAGGCAGUUUAAAAUUAAGAAAAUAAUAAAAAAAGUAAGAAUUUUCACUGAAUAAAACACGCAUAAAAAACUUUAGUACAUAGAAUUGUUUUUUGUAAUGAUGUUUUAUUUCUGCCAGCGGCAACGUGGAGAGGACUUAUAUUUAAAUUUAAUACUGAAAUUCUCCACAUAAUUAAUAUAAUGAAUAUGAAAAUCAGUCAAUUAAACAAAAUUCUUCUUUUACCGUAAAGAAGAGAAAUUGUAGCCAAGUAGAGAAAUUGUGUUUUUGGUAUGAUUAUUGUGAAGUCAGGUUAAGUCAAGUUAGUUCGAGAGUCUAGUAGGGCUAGCAUGAUAAGUCGUGACUUGCUUGAGAGUGACAUAAACCACGAUAUCUCUAUGCGAGACUAGCAGUAUCUCUCGCUUUAUGUCGCUCUCGGCUAGUCGUCGCGCCCUAUCAUGCUAGCCCUUCGGGUCAAGAACAUGUCACGCUGCUGUGUAUGAUAAGAAGGGUCCAAAGUCCAAAGUCUCAAGCUUAACAUUUUCUUGACUAUUUCAUUUGAUCUAGUUUAUUUUUUAUCUGUGAUCUUUAUAUCAAUAUUUACGUAAGAAUAAAUGAACUUACAAAAAUACCUGAGUAAAAAUAUCUGAAAAAAUUAUUAUUGUAACUCUUGCAUUGUAUUAUGUAAUCAAUGGUAGGAUAAUCGGUUUCUUCUUUUUAUUAUAUCGAUGGCAUGCACUAUAAUGCCUGCCAUCGUGGUAAAAGGAUUUGCCAAUCGGCGUAGGGUACUCGUCUUGUUGCCUAGGGUGCGCCAGACAUACAGGGAAGUAAUGGUAUGUCGUGUGGGAAGACUGCUUUAGUGCACCUUAUUAGUAGGGCUAGCACGACAGCAUCUUGCGCGAGAGCGACAUUAAGCGCGAGAUACUGCUAUUCUCACACAGAUCUCGCGCUUUAGUGCAUAAACCUGUACAGAUUUUUCGUACAUAAUUAUUCAACAGAAGCGACUGUAUCGAUGCAGUCGCGCGUUUGUAUCGAUGCAGUCGCGCGUUUGCAUCGCUGCUAAAAGUCGCCGAGUGUAACCACGCUUAUAUGUCACUCUCGCGCAAGUUGCGCUCUGCCGUGCUAGGCCUACUGAUGCUUAUUUACGUUUUGCGUACAAUUCGGUUGCUCACUAACAUGGAAUGCGUUUUUGUAUCGAAAAAAUCCCGUGACAUUAUUGAAUCCAUGUAUAAAAUUAAAGGAAAAUAAACGUUUAAAAUAUUUGUAAUUUUUUUUUAUACUGAGAUCCCGUUGUCACAUUACUGCUUCAUCAUUAGACCUUUAAGAGUCAAUACAACCUCAAAUGGCUUUGGUUGAUCCCGUAUAACGGUGAAAGUGUUGAAUCAAUCACUUUGAAAAAAAUGU